UCUCCCUGAGUGCAUUUAGACUGCAGGCAUGAAUCUUUGGGCUGUCCUGACGGUUACACUCUGUGGCAUACUGCCCACGGGGGCAGAGGUUGUUAAUACUUUCAUCUAUUGUUCUGAGUACUUUUACAAGGGGAAACAUCCUCUAGGCUUUGAUCAAAAUGCAAAACAAAUAUGUCAAAAGACAUUUUAUAGUGGGUAUUACUUUGCAUCGCUGUACUCCACAGUCCAUAGGAUCCCCCUGUACAGCGCCUACACAUUUAGCUUUGCCUGCAACAACCAGGAAGGACGUAAAAGUGGAAACUGGUACAUUGAGCCCCAGCUCUCACAAGAUGAAGACCCUAACUAUGCAACCAUGCCUUACAUGAAGUCAUAUACUGCAAGGGAUUCAGGCAACAUCAAAGUCAAACAAUCCAUUGAUGAAGACUACAAACACACUGGCUAUGACAGAGGUCACUUGAACCCCAACAGCUUUCAGUGUAAUGACGGGCGUGGGGCCACCUUCACCCUCACUAACGCUGUUCCCAUGGAUGCCUGCUUCAACCGAGUCCAUUGGAAAGACUGGGAGGCUGAAGUGAUAGCAAUUUUGAGGCAACAAGAUCGAACAGGAACUGCUUACCUGGUGACAGGGGCUGUACCAUCUUCCAAUGUACUUGAGAAAAUACCAAAGCAGGGAAUUUUUGAUGAUGAUGAUGACCGAGACUUCAACAGAGUAACAGUACCAACACAUAUUUGGACAGCAGUGUGUUACAUCCAUCCAACGAAUGAGGAGGAGUCAUUCUCUUUUGGCUACAUAGGGUUAAAUAAACCACAUGGCAGCAUUCAUGUCAAGAAAAUAACUGAUCUGACAAACCAUUUGUCUACCCUUUACGUCAGCAACAACUUGAAGAUUUUUGAAGAUGACUGCACCUUUUCAAACCAAAAGCGGAAAUCUGAGACAGUGAUAAAAAAACUCGGUAGGAGAAUUCAGCUGCCAAUGGGCAACCGCCUCACCAUGACUCCAGAUGUAAUGAACACUUUGCAUGCCGCUAUGAGUCUCUCUGAUGAUGAGACUGUAACAUACCCUGCAAAAAGAGGAAGGAUAACUGAUCUCAAAGUAGAUUUCAUUUACAACAACGUACAAACAUGGCUACGGGGGAUGGAGGCAAUGAAACUAACUUUUGGACUUGCCUGCGUGCUUUCUACACCCUUUGCUGGACGUGUGAGGGAUGAGCUGCGGCGCAAAAGGCAAACGUCUGAGGAACUCGUCUGCAGAAUUGCACCUGAGGUUUUAGAUAGUUGUGCCACCUCCUGCCUGUUCAAUGAAAUAGCUAGAGACUACUACUGUUCCACUGGGACCAUGACUGUAAGAUGUUCACCAACAUACUCAGAUAUAGCAGUAAACGGAGAGAGGUGUAAGAGCGACCACACUUGUGGCCAUCAUGGCUCGUAUGACUAUUACUGGUGCAACACCGAGAGCAGCUGGCAAUACUGCAGUCCUCCACUGCCUCUAGGGAAAACAGACAAAGGAAAAUUUUGCAGUUCUAAGCGCAACUGUGCUAAAUAUGGGUAUUCUUACUACUGGUGUGACCUUGAUGAUGGUAGUUGGCAAUACUGUACCAGAUAGUUUCUCUGGUUUGGCAUUAAUAAGAGACAUGAGUUUAAGUUACCAUGGAUAUAUUCUGUAUUUGUGUUAUUUCUUUACAGUGUAUAAAGAUUAUCCACGAUUACUUUAUAGCUCAGUCUUUGGCUUCAUGUUUGUAACUUUGUUUACAUAAAGUAAAUGGAUGCCUGAAUGAAACUGUCAAAAAGAACGAUAUGCAUCAAGACAAAGUUGUGCACAAAUUUGAAUGCAACAUUAGUUUUACGUUAAACUUUUCUGUUUUGAAUAAGAUUUGUCUUUGUUUUGAACCCGACUUUGGACUGUCAAAGAUAUGUCACAGGGUCACAGGCAUAUACAUAGAGUCCUGAAACAUUGAUACAGCAAAAUGAGUAUGUGUAUUGAGUCUCACUUAUUAAACAAAACUGGAAAAGAACAUUUUAUGUCUAUUUUAUGAUAUCAGUUGUCUACAUUUACACAACAUUUUUAAAAGUAAUGCUAAAGAAAUUAAAACCAAAAGGAUAAGGACUGUUCCUCAGUGCCUGAUUGUUCUCCAUUACGGAGGCGUCUUUUUUUUUCUGACUCUCGAUCUCUAGUUGUGGUCAGAUGCAUGAUGCAACCUUUGCCAAAUCGAUAUUUAGUGACUCGAUAUAAAUGCCUGUGAACCUGUGACUCAUUUUUGACAAUAAUCUAACAGGAGAAAUUUGGUAUGGGAAAUGUGUAGGGACAGCUACACAAGUGUCACAGCUAGGGACACUUUAGAAUCAUCUCACUACCUUAGAAGCAUGUUUUUGGACUACGAGAGGUAGUUAGAGUGCCCACUCAUGCACAGAAAAAACCCAGCUGGGAUUUGAACCAGGGCCUUUUUGCUGCAAGCUGAGAGCGCUGAACACUUCGCCAUUAUACAACCUGUGCAAAAGUCAUGUAAAAAAUAAAGCUUGAAGGCAGACCAUG